AUGGCUCCAUCAGCUACCCCGAGUCUGACGCAUCAGACAAAACGACCGACCCCUAACCUGGAUUUUGAAGGCUCAUUUGUUCACAUCAUUGGAGGCAAACCAAGUCCUACCAAACAGACUAGACAUGGUGUCAACCCUGCCAAUCUACAGCCCAAGGCCGAGGUUCCGCUCGCGACAGAGGAAGACCUAGAUCGUGCCGUAUCUUCCGCCAAGGAGGCAUUCAAAACCUGGUCACAGGUACCUUAUGAGGAACGCCGCAGUGCCGUUCUGGCGUUCGCCGACGCUAUUGAUCAGUUGAGGACUCAAUUUCGAGAUCUUCUCGUCGCAGAGCAGGGAAAGCCACUUCCGCAAGCGGAUUACGAGACUGAUUCAGCCAUCGAAUGGAUUCGUGGGAUGGCAAAUAUCAGUCUUCCAGAAGAUGCCAUUGAGGACAAUGAGAGGCAUACAGUAACCACUAGAUAUCUGCCGCUCGGUGUUGUUGCGGCCAUAGUUCCAUGGAACUUUCCCCUGCUACUUGCCACGGGCAAGAUCGCCCCGGCUUUGUUGACGGGCAACGUUAUUAUUGUGAAGCCUUCUCCAUUUACCCCGUACGGUGGGCUCAAGCUUGUGGAGCUCGCCCAGCAAUUCUUCCCUCCUGGUGUUGUACAGUCCCUGAGCGGAGAUGACAAGCUUGGUCCAUGGAUCACCAGCCAUCCCGGUAUUGACAAGAUUAGCUUUACCGGCUCCACGACAACUGGCAAGCUUGUCCUUCAAAGUGCCAGUAAGACGCUCAAGCGCGUAGUCCUGGAACUUGGAGGCAACGAUCCUGCCAUCAUCCUCCCUGAUAUCAACAUUGAUAAAGUUGCCCAACAGGUUGCUUUCUAUGCAUUCUUGAACUCUGGUCAGAUUUGUCUCAACUUGAAGAGAAUCUACGUCCACGAGUCUAUAUAUGAGGACUUCCGAGACGCGGUCGUGCGGCAUGUCAAAGAUUAUGUCGUUGGUGAUGGUUCAAAGGCAGGUGUCACUCAUGGGCCUCUGCAGAACUCGAUGCAGUACGAACGUGUCAAGACUUUCUUCGAUGAUAUCGAGAAGCAAGGAUGGAAGGUGGCCACUGGUGGAAAGAUUGAGCCAUCUCAAGGAUAUUUUGUCACGCCCACCAUCAUUGACAGGCCCGACGAAGAUUCAAGAAUUGUUGUCGAGGAGCCUUUUGGUCCUAUCGUGCCUCUCUUGAGCUGGAAGACGGAGGAAGAAGUCAUUGCACGUGCAAACAACACUUCAAUGGGACUAGGAGCCUCGGUAUGGAGCAAUGAUAUCAAGAAAGCGACAAGAAUUGGCAAGUCCAUCCAAGCUGGCAAUAUAUGGAUCAACACUCACUUUGAUCUCUCUCCCAUGGCCCCGUUUGGCGGGCACAAGGAGAGUGGCAUCGGCACUGAGUGGGGAGCCAAUGGCCUCAAGGCCUUCUGUAACGUACAGACCCUGUUCUGUAACAAGCAAAUUGUCAGCUAG